AUGGGAAGUACUGUUGAAGUGCCACGUCGCGCGCCGACGGUGGCCGAUGGUGACCAUGAGGUGGACCGUCCAGAGCAACGGUGUAAUGGUGACCGCUCAGUGUUCUGCAAGAUGGACGUGCUGUCCCAGUACUGCUCACUGGCUGGCUUCCAGCGCCUUUGCUGCAAGUCUUGUAACACCACCAACAACACGAGAACCGCUGCUCCCACCAGCCUUCCAUUUACUACUCCAAGACUGACCAAUGGGGCACCCUCCAGCUCCACCAAAAGCCCCAGUUCUACCCAGAUGAAAACCACAAUGCCACCUACUGCCGAAAGCCCCAGUUAUACCCAGAUGAAAACCACAACGCCACCUACUGCCAAAAGCCCCAGUUAUACCCAGAUAACAACCACAACGCCACCUACUGCCAAAAGCCCCAGUUAUACCCAGAUAACAACCACAACGCCACCUACUGCCAAAAGCCCCAGUUAUACCCAGAUAACAACCACAACGCCACCUACUGCCAAAAGCCCCAGUUAUACCCAGAUAACAACCACAAUGCCACCUACUGCCAAAAGCCUCAGUUCUAGCCAGAUGAAAACCACAAUGCCACCUACUGCCGAAAGCCCCAGUUCUACCCAGAAGAAAACCACAACGCCACCUACUGCCGAAAGCCUCAGUUCUAGCCAGAUGAAAACCACAAUGCCACCUACUGCCAAAAGCCCCAGUUCUACCCAGAUGAAAACCACAACGCCACCUACUGCCAAGAGCCCCAGUUCUAACCAGAUGACAACCACAACACCACCUACUGCCAAAAGACCCAGUUCUAACCAGACGACAACCACAACACCACCUACUGCCAAAAGCCCCCGGUCUAACCAGGCGACAACCACAACACCACCUACUGCCGAAAGCCCCAGUUCUGCCCAGACGACAACCACAAUGCCACUUAGUGCCAAAAGCCCCAGUUCUACCCAGAAGAAAACCAAAACAACACCUACUGCCAAAAGCCCCAGUUCUACCCAGAAGAAAACCACAACGCCACCUCCUGCCAAAAGCCCCAAUUCUGCCCAGAAGAAAACCACAACGCCACCUACUGCCAAAAGACCCAGUUCUACCCAGGAGAAAACCACAACACCACCUCCUGCCAAAAGCCCCAAUUCUGGCCAGAAGAAAACCACAACACCACCUACUGCCAAAAGCCCCAGCUCUACUAAGAAGAAAACCACAACGCCACCUACUGCCAAAAGACCCAAUUCUGCCCAGAAGAAAACCACAACGCCACCUACUGCCAAAAGACCCAGUUCUGCCCAGAAGAAAACUACAACGCCACCUACUGCCAAAAGACCCAGUUCUGCCCAGAAGAAAACCACAACGCCACCUACUGCCAAAAGACCCAGUUCUGCCCAGAAGAAAACUACAACGCCACCUACUGCCAAAAGACCCAGUUCUACCCAGGAGAAAACCACAACACCACUUACUGCCAAAAUCCCCAGUUCUGCCCAGAAGAAAACCACAACGCCACCUACUGCCAAAAGACCCAGUUCUGCCCAGAAGAAAACUACAACGCCACCUACUGCCAAAAGACCCAGUUCUGCCCAGAAGAAAACCACAACGCCACCUACUGCCAAAAGACCCAGUUCUGCCCAGAAGAAAACCAUAACGCCACCUACUGCCAAAAGUCCCAGUUCUGCCCAGAAGAAAACCACAACGCCACCUACUGCCAAAAGCCCCAAUUCUACCCAAAAGAAAACCACAACACUACCUGCUGCCAGACGUCCAAGGACCACUGCAGCAGUUAUUUCUCCACUUACAACCACAGGACACAAUCCCUGGUCUUAUACGUCCUUUGCAGCAUCUACAGCUGCUAUUGCUGGCACUUUGUUUCCUAUUCAUGAACAAACUACAACACCCAGCAUCUCUAUGACCACAUCAAACAACUUCCUCACACAGCUAGGCAUGUCUUCUGCAGCGGUGUUCACGCUGAGACCCCGGACCACUGGUGUCAACGUCAACUUUGACAUUAGUGGUGAUGUGACAGCUAGCACUAAUGAAAUUAGCAACAGUGUCACUAUUACAGAAGGCUUGUCCAGCACCAUGACCCUACUUGAGGACACACUGGUCAGCAGUGGUGUAUCUUCGGAGUCCCAGACCACAUUGGCCAGUGGAGAUGAAGAAAAAGAGUUCACCACAUCAGGUUGGCUGGAGGCCACAACGUCUGCGGAUGCUAGUGCACCGUUAAUACUGACGACACUGUUGUCAAGCAAUGAAGAAACAAAAACACCUGAAGAAGUUGCUGCCAUGGCAACAACACCUGUUACAAAACCAACAACAUCGCCCAUAACAACGGCAUCGACAACAGCGCCCACGACAACGACAUUCAUUAUGAGGCCAGCCAUGAUGACCGCAACAAUGACUACAAUAGAGGAGUCAUCAACAACACAAAAGACAACAACAACAACAACAACAUCCAGACCACCUGAAAGAGAAGAGGAAAACAAUGCUAUUGAAGUUCCAUUCCGAAUCACCGGGUUGGACACGGAGUUCCCCGAGAGCAACGUGAUUCACCGGAGAAGCCGCAUCUUCCUGCAUGAACGAACACGCAACAAGCGCAUACAGGAGCUGCUCGAGGAGAAGCGAAACUUUUUACGGCGAAUGAAAAGAGCUCAGAGCGUCUGAGCCCAGCCUGGUUUCUCUUAUAGAGAGAUGUGUCUAUGCAACAAAAUCCACACUCUAUCUUGGUGCUUGGGUUAAGUACUGGAAGAUGGUCGAACUCACGCCACAGUACCAUCACUGCCACAAAGUGCUUCCCCGCAUUCACUGUCCAAAGCAUGGCAAACUGGACUUUGUGGAGCAAAACCACUAGCAAAUGUUUGCACACUUGAUCAGAAGGCAAAGAACUUUUACUUCAAACGAUUUAUAUUUGUAGAAACCAGGAAAUGGAUUUGUAGCUAUACCAUUUUAUCCUGUGCCAAAAACAUUUUGUCUACAUUUCCACAUAGACCCCAUACUGUACACAUAUAGAAGGCACAUAUUUUUCUCUAUGCAGAUGCAUAUUAAGAGUGAUAUAUGAAAAGAUUUAAUAUUUAGGUUUCAAAAACUCAAGAUACUGACACCAUGCCAACCUUAUUCAUGAUGCACCAUUAUGCAUGUAGACAUGAUAAAACAGUGGCUGUUCUACCGCAUAAAUGGCAAUGAGUUCCUUAAUGGCAUUCCUUAUUUUAAUACUCCUUAAUUAAACUAUUAGCAUUUCAAUUUGGAUUCUUGUUCUUGAUAAGCUCAAACUCAUGUACAGCAGAAUAUAUUUUCCUCAGUUUUCUAAAUAAUUGCACACAGGGUAUGACAGAGCUAAUAAAGGGGAAUUCCAUCAAAAAAUCUGCAUAAUUCAGUGUCUGAGAUGUAAACAAAGUCAUUUAGAGACUUUAGAGACAUUUGGCUACCGGAUCUCAUUUCUUUACAGUGGUGGUGAUAGGAACCAGGGGUCAGCUUGUUUACAACACAAAUAUAACCAUUUUAUUUACUAUCCAAAAAUUUCCCAAAUUACAUUUUGGACCAAAAUCAUAUCUCAAAACUGCAUAUUUGUAACCAUUAUGUCCAAUAACCUUCUGGGGAGUCUCAAACUCAAAUUACUGGGGGCCAUUGGACAAGUGGUCUUUUCCAAGGGAGGGGAUGAUAAAAAUAAUGCAGUGAAAAGGUGAGAAUGUAAGUAUUUCUGGAGUGUAUCUACAUAACAGAUACACUCCUUAACUAUUCCUUUGUCACUAUAAACAACAACAACUAAUACUACUAUUACUACUACUACUACUACUACUAUAAU